GUAUGUAGUAUUUUUGCAAUGAAAUGGACAUUCAUAGACAUGUUUGAGUGAAUAACGAAUUCUUAAAUUAGAAGUAUUACUGUUUUCCCUAAACAAUUAUCCCCUUCCUGUAAAGGUCUGACCUUAAUUAAUGUUUUUUGCUGGAAAGACAAUGUCUUCAAGAAUCAGUUUAGGUACCUUUUGCAAGAGCUAUUUGUGUCCUAUUUUAUUUGUAAUGUCGAUUUAUUUUUUUUAAAAACAGCUUUUAUUUUCUGUUUUUUUUAUUUAUGGUGCUUUUACUUUGAAACAUUCCUCACUGGAUCCAUAUCACUUCUUGUACCUAAAAACAAGUCAAAUUUGGGGGUUUCUCAGGACGACCUAAGUAGCUCUGACAUAUUCUGUGUCUAUAAAAGCACUGCUUCAGUGUGCAUGUGUGUGUGCAUGAUUUUAGUUGUGAAUGAAAGUUUAAUUUGUUAUAUUUAAAUGUAUAACUGCCUCUCAGUUCCUGCUUGCCAAUAUUUGUGCUGUUCGCUGGUGUCUGCCGAGUUCAGAGACGGCUCAUUAAAACGUGAACAAAGAACAGUGCACCACCUCCAGUCUGUUUGAUUAUCCCAGUAAAAAAACGAAAAGUCUGCAGCUGAGGCCAUCAAACCCGAUUGUCCUCCACCGUGGUGCUGUAACAGAUGCGAUUAGCCUCAAUUCAUUGAUCGUAACUCUUUUAGGUUGGAUUGAUCUGUGAAGACAAGAGCACCUCCACCCGUUUUGGAUGCAGCGCACUCGGAUGCUCGCCAUGCGGGGUCAUGAGCACUCCACCGCUAUUAUCCUUUUGUGUUUGACUCGGCGCCGCUGCUGCAGAGGAAGCGCAGCCUCAUUUCAGUUAUCUGUUCCCAUUCAGAUGAUGGAUUAUUAAUGACCCCUUGAUGUCAAGCAAUCCAAGUUAAUCAUGACUUAAAGUUGAGGAACAGGGUGAUGGAUGUGACACAGAGAGCGUGGUCAUUAAUGUUGGAUGAGUGUGGGAGGGCGCUACACACCCUCAGUAGAAUGCAUCUUGUUGACACAGUAAAGUGAACUUGAUGAGUCAACCAGUGCUGCAUUUACAACCACAUCUUCAGUUGUCAGGCACAGGAAAAAAGAGCCUCUAUAAUCCAUCAUUAAUACAGCGUCCUUCAUCCUCAGAAUGAAGAUACGAUAAACGCUAGUAAACUCACAUCAGAUGAUUAUUUUAAAGUGGCUGUACUUUUCUCCCCUACUGUGGCUAGUUGUUCUGUUCUUCCUCUUUUCACACACCCCACCAACUGAGACUGGACUAGACCACAGCAAAUGGUUUGAGGGGGCUCGGGUGCAGCGCUGAAAGACAAACAUCAUUUUAGUGAACCAUAACUGACUGAAAAACAGCUGAUUCCUUUUUGAGUGGCGUUAAUACGAGGAUUUAGAACCGGUCGCCGUUGUUCAGGCUUCCAGCGACAGAGUGCCGAGUUCCUUUGAGCUGCUUUCCCUCCUUGUGUUUUCCACACCAUUGAGUCAGCCAUCAGAGCAGGCUGAACAAAGCCACAGGAGAGAGAGAGAUAGAGGGGAGCUUCUGGGAAGAAAUGUCUCUCACAGACUCUGUCGCCUCGACAACCGGGUAAGAAAUGAGGGGAGGGAGCCACAGAGAAAGGACCGAGGUGAAUAGAAGGAGAGGCGAACAUCACACUAUAAACCGCAUCAGGCGAUUCCUGCUGAGUGAUGGAGGAAAAGUGGAUGUUUUUGUGCACCACUCUCUUGGUCACAGCUCCACACCUGCAUUGCUCUCAUCAUGAGUUAUUAACUAUGAAAACAAGCACUUUCUAAUUCAUGUUUCUCCCACCUCAGAGCACGGACCUGAUGAACCUGCAGAUCACAAGUUCAGUGCCAUAAAAGUGGACCAAGCAGGCCUGAGCACUCCACCUGGGUUUCUUCUUUCAUCAUCCCCAGGUGCUGAGAUGGAGGAAGAUGAUGAGCCGCUGCUGUUUCAGGCGAGCUGGGGAAGGGCUGAGGAAGAGGAGGAGGAUGGAGUGAUGCAUGCAGCAGGACAGAGUUGCUCUGCUGGGAACGCCGGGGUUUGUGGGGCGUGGAGGGCAGCAGGCUGGAUUUACACUCAGCCGUGGGCCAGUGGAUUGGUUCUAGGGCUGGCCAUCCUCCUGCCAUGUGCCCUUUUUGCCUACAUGCUGCUCUACUGCCCCCCGCUGGACAUAGACCUGUCUUACAGUGCCUUUGAGGUUCACAGUCACUUCUCAGCCGAGCGCUUUGACGCCCUCACCAUCGCUGUGAAGACUCAGUUCGGGUCUUGGGACAGACGCAGGCGAGAUGUCGAUUAUUCCCAGUCUGAGGCUCUGCAAGAACUUCUGUUGGAGAAGCUGGGGGGAACAGGAGGGCUCAAUAAGACCCCCAUUCAUCUAAACAGCUCUUCACAGAGAGCUGCAGCUUAUCAGGACACAAGGACAAAACCUGAUUUGAGUCUGAGAUUACAGGUUAGAAAUACCACCAGCAGAAGACGCAGGUUUGCCUCCAAUUACUACAUGCAGAGCCAGGCCCUGUGGAGGAUCGAGCUGGUGUUUGUGGCUCAGGGGAAAGGAAAUCACAACAUCUUUACUCCUGAGCGUCUGCAGACCAUUCACCACGUGGAGCAUCUGCUCAUGCAGCACCCUCAGUUCCACCAGUUCUGCUGGAAGCCUCUGGAAAUACUGAGGGACCUUCCCCUGGGACCGUCGUACUGCUCUCCACCCAGCUCCGUCCUGUCUUACCUCUACCCCAGUGAGAGAGGGGGGAAGAUAUACUACGAUGGCAUGGGGCCAGAUCUGGCUGAUAUUCAAGGUUCUCUCAGUCUGGCCAUCACCCACCCUCAGUUCUACUGGUACGUGGAUGAGAGUCUGACACCAGAGCAUCUUUCGUCCUCUCUCCUCCGCAGUGAGAUCCACUUCGGGGCUCCUCUGCCCUCCUACUAUUCUCUGCAGGACAGAACGGACGAGCAGAGGGCACGCUUCAAAAACUUUGUGGUUCAGUAUGCAGAGACUUUGGCCAAGCAAUCCACCAGUCAAGUGAAAGUGCUGUAUGGGGGGACGGAGCUGUUUGAUGACGAAGUGAGACACACCUUUUACAACGACAUGAUGCUCGCCGUCAUCAGUGGAGCCUGCAUCACUGUUCUAGUCUACAUCCUUACUUCUUUUUCAGUCUUCCUGACGUUCUUUGGACUGGUGAGCAUUGGACUGAGCUGCUUGAUGGCUCUUUUCCUGUACCACGUGGUGUUCGGAGUGAGGUACCUGGGCAUCCUCAACGGGGUCGCGGCCUUUGUUAUCAUCGGUAUAGGGGUGGAUGAUGUGUUUGUGUUCAUCAGCACCUUCAGACAGGCCUCUCAUCUGCGGCAGCCUCGAGAGCGCAUGAUCUACACAGUGAAAACAGCUGGCAGAGCCACGUUCCUCACCUCCUUCACGACCGCAGCUGCUUACGCCGCCAACACAUUCUCUCAGAUCCCGGCCGUGCACGACUUCGGCCUGUUCAUGGCACUCAUCGUCAGCUGCUGCUGGCUUUGGGUGUCCAUCAUGAUGCCUGCAGCCCUGUGCAUCUGGACUCAGCACGUGGAGCCUCACGAGCACGGCUGGCUGAACUGUGUAAAACUGUUUCCAGGCUUGUCAACAAGCUACAGCCCUUUGUCGGAUGAGGAUGGGGAUGUGGCCUUGCUGUCAGUGGAGAUGGAACCAGGUUUCUGUGACACAGAGGGCGAUGCAGCCAUUCUGUCUCUUUCAGUGGAGACUGAUGUGACCCCUCCAGGACAGCAGCAUGUAGGGGUGGUGAGCACAAAUCUCCAGUGGGGCCUGAAACACUUGGUAGCCGAACCGGCAGUGAAGCACAGAAAAAUUGUAUUGGGCGUCUUCCUCCUUGUUUUCCUCCUAUCUGCUGGGUGCUGCUGCCUCCUGAGACCGGCCACUCGUGCGCCUCUUCUCUUCCGCAAAGACACAAACCUGCAGACCCUGCUGGCUUUGCGGAGCAACCUCAGCGGCCAGGGCAUCUCCUGUCCCAUGUGCUCAGGCGUGUUCAUGGAAAAACCCCACCCACUCCACACCCAUGCUUCCUCCUUCCCUUUUAGGUUCUCAGCACAUCAGCACAGCCCGACUCCAGCAGCAACUCCUCAGAGCUUCAUAAACUCCAGCAUGAACCAAACAGGCUCCUUGCUGACAGUUUACAUAUCAAAGUUGGACCAGGGAGUCUCUACAACAAUUUACAGCUUCUCACUCAAUGCCAGCAUUGAAUCCCCUUGGAAAAGCACAGAUCACAAGGAGCUGUCUUCGUUCCAGGCCUUUAGUCAGCCGCAGAGCAAUUACACCACCAGAAUGACAGUGUGUGUUUCCCAUGUGUACCGCCCGAACCCCAGCUGGAUGAUCACAUCUGGUUCAUGUGAUUCUCGACACGGUUGGACGCGGGAUUUUUCCUUUUUUGCUGCAGCUUCUCCACAGCAGAACAGCAGGAGGCUGUACUUUGCUCAGUGUCGCCAGAGACCUCAUCCCAGCAGAGUGUGUGUUAACACUCCUGGAUGUGGAUACCCGUCUGGGCCUGAUGGACAUUCACGUGGAAGCUUUUAUGUUCCUUUCCCCAGCGAUCCCCCACCCUCUACGGCGAACAAAACAUCAAAAACAUCUGGCUUCAAUCCGUGCAGCGGUGGUGCAUGCGCCCACCCGGCAGUGCGCCCUUUGGUCGACACCGGGGCCAUGGUUUUUGUCGUGUUUGGGAUACUGGGGGUCAACCGAACGGAACACAAGGACAACCAUGUAAUUGGAGAUAUGGGCAGCAUCAUACUGGAUCCAGACUUUGAUAUUUUUAAGGAGAUGGGCCAUCUUUGCAAAAUCUGCAAAGCUGUUGGUGCAAACAGACAGCUUGUAAAGCCAGGAGGAGCUCAGUGUUUGCCAUCAGGCAACAAGCUGUCUUCUGUUCUGCCUCUACUCCAUCCUGAUUGCCAGUCUCUGCCUGAGCCCAACCUGCUGCCGGGGCAGCUCUCCCACGGCGUGGUGGGAAUGCACGGAGACAAGGUCCGCUGGUUGUCCAUGGCCUUUGAGUCUACCACAUACAAGGGGAAGUCCUCUUUUCAGACCUAUUCCGACUUUCUCCAGUGGGAGACCUUCAUCCAGGAGCAGCUCGCCGGCCUCCCACAGUCCUCUGCUCUGCAGAGAGGCUUCCAGACAUGUGAACACUGGAAACAGAUUUUCAUGGAAAUCAUAGGUGUAGAGAGUGCCCUCUGGAGUCUGCUGCUGUCACUAGCGAUCUGCGUGGCGACGGUGUCUGUGUUCACUGCACAUCCUCUGCUGCUGCUCCCAGUACUCAUAACUAUUUUAGGAGUGAUCUGUCUGGUUGUUGCUAUCAUGUACUGGCUGGGAUGGGAGAUGGGAGCAGUGGAGGCCAUUUCCCUCUCAAUCCUUGUCGGAUCUUCUGUGGAUUACUGUCUGCACCUGGUGGAGGGCUAUCUGCUGGCUCCCUCUGUGGCUGAUCAUGACUUGGAUCCCUCAGCUGAGAGGCAGAGGCGAACUCUGCAGGCAGUGAACCAUGUGGGCGUUGCCAUAGUGUCCAGCGCCGUCACUACAGCAAUCUCCACAGUCCCUCUGUUCUUCUGCAUCAUUGUGCCUUUUGCCAAGUUCGGUCAGAUCGUGGCCAUCAACACAGCCAUCUCUAUUUUCUUCACCCUGACCAUGACCGUCGCCAUGCUGGCCAGCGUGGCCCCUCCCCGCUUUAGCAGACACCGCCGCGCUGUGCUUAAGGCCACCCUGGCUGUGAUGGCAGCUGCAGCCCUGGGAGCUCUUAUAUGUUGGGUGGGAAGACAGCAGGGCGCACUGGCCUGGCUGUCAAUCAGGACAUAAACUCUGCAGUCCAUCCACUGACCUUCCUUCAGAUGCAGCAGGAAUAUCCGACCAAGAAGUGAUCUUGUACUCGAUAGCACAAAGAUGUCAGAACCACUUUAGUGAUUUUUUUUCAACCUGUUUUAAUCAGUAUUAUAGGAGCAAGUCCUGCCUGCUCAGUAUUUCUGAAGUGUUACUAAAUAACACUGUGAUGGGUGACCUUUCUGGAUUUGAUGAAGCCGUUUCAUCUUCGUCACAUUUUUAUCAACUUUUUACAUGAAGGAGCAUCUGUCUGCUCUGACUGAACAGUGCUCUGACGUCUGCCAUGAUUCUGUGUUGCUGGUUCACUUUUUUUGUCUUGACUUAAUUGUGCCAAAUAGUGGGAUCAGAUUAUAUUUAACUGUAACUGGAUCCAAAUUUUGAAUGUUUCAUGCACAAUGUGUGAACUACUUGUUUUGCUGACUAAACUUUAAGAUGCUGCCAGCACUUCGCCCAAGUUUAGCCCUUUGUUUGCAUUCAUUUAUCACUCGGACACUCUGAGUCGCUGUUCCCGAGACCUCUCCUCUCCUCCUCAGGUGUGCCCUCACCCCUCCACUCUUAAAUGCGGUCACCAUAUAAAUCACAGUUUAGAGCUCCUCUCAAACAGCCAUCAGUGGCGUCUCCUGUCAGUGAAGGUGAGGGCCGUUUGUCAGAUCACAACACAAUAACGGUUGGAGGAUUGACUGGUCGUUUUUGUACGUGUUUGUGUGAAUGUAAAAUAAAUCAGGUGCAGCAAACGUUUGGUCUUCUCUCAUAACUCAACACUGUUUAUAUUCUAGAUCAGUCAGUGAACUGCAGCACCACAUUUCUGAGUUGCUAUUUAUUACAAUUGUCUCAGUUAAGUGGGACUUACAGUACAUUUAUAUUUACUUUAGGUAAUUAAACAUCUUAUUUAAUGUAUAAAUGACUAAUUU